CUUCGAUGCCGAGUAAAAAUUUACAGUUGUUGCCAAGGCCAAUAGAUUGUAUUACUUUUGCACUAAAACGUUAGCAUUGAUUGUCCUCACGGAAUCUGCUGGUCCAUGGGUUUACUUUUCUGCCCAAGGUCUGGCUACAUUCCAUCACCCCCGGGGCUGUAGUAUCCUUGCUGCCAGAUUAAAAUCGCUGUGCUAUUGGAAUUUGGGUGUUUUAGUCAGGACGUGCUUGUCACCUCUGCCUCUGGUGUUUCAGUCUUGAAUCUAUCUGCCAGAGAGACGACUAUGAAGAGGUUAACACAUUUCAUCACGAUGUCUCUUCCCUCCUGACCGUGUAAUCGAACUUUAAGUGGUGCAUCCAAAGAGGGGUUCAAAUGACUUUUUGAGCAUUUAGUGGGUGUGCUGAAUCCAAUGAAAACAACAACACCUUAAUUGAAUUGGGGAUUGGCGCCUCUCACUUUUUAAUUUAACGUUGUUGUUUUUUUAAGGACACUCAUCAUGACGAUUCCAUUAUCUCGGACUCAACUAGCCCUGUUUUUCAUCCUCCUGUGUCCGGUCAAUAUCAUUGGGUUAUGGUGGGCAGUGGGGAGCCCUCUGGUCAUGGACCCCAAUAGUAUCUGUCGGAAGACCAAGCGACUAGCGGGCAAGCAGGCCGAGCUGUGCCAGAACCAGCCAGAGAUCGUCCACGAGGUCGCCAAGGGUGCCAAGCUGGGUGUGCGGGAGUGCCAGUACCAGUUUCGUUUUCGCCGCUGGAACUGCACCAGUCAGAACAAGUACUUUGGCAAAAUACUCCAACAAGACAUCCGGGAGACAGCGUUUGUGUACGCCAUCACAGCGGCUGGGGUGACCCACACGGUGACUCAGGCCUGCAGUAUGGGGGAGCUGCUGCAGUGUGGCUGUGAGGCGACCAGGAGCAGGGCUCCCCCCCGGCCUGCCUCCUCCUCCACCACCACCUCUGGCGAGGGAGUCAAGUGGGAGUGGGGCGGCUGCGGAGACGACGUGGAGUUUGGCUACGAGAAGUCCAAGCAGUUCAUGGAUGCCAAGAGGAAAAAGGGCAAGAGUGACAUCAGGACGUUGAUCGAUCUCCACAACAACGAAGCAGGACGACUGGCGGUGAGGAAUUAUAUGAGGACUGAAUGCAAAUGUCAUGGCCUGUCCGGGUCUUGCACACUCCGGACCUGCUGGAAAAAGAUGCCUCACUUUCGCGAGGUGGGUGAUCGCCUCCUAGAGCGGUUCAAUGGCGCUUCCAAGGUGAUGGGAGGCAAUGAUGGCAAGACCCUGGUUCCCGUAGGCCAGAACAUCAAGCCUCCGAGCAAACAGGACCUGAUCUACUCGGCCGAGUCGCCCGACUUCUGCUCGCCCAAUAGGAAGACGGGCUCGCUGGGCACGCGGGGCCGCAUGUGCAACAGCACAGCCAUGGACGUGAGCGGCUGUGACCUGCUGUGCUGUGAGCGUGGCUACCGAGACGAGACGGUGGUGUUCGAGGAGAACUGCCUCUGCCGCUUCCACUGGUGCUGCGUGGUGCAGUGUAAGAAGUGCUCGGUGAGGAAAGAACUCAGUCUCUGUCACUAGCAUUACCAUAGUGAAGCUGGGUUGGUUUCAGGCCUGGCCUCUUCUGCCUCACACGAAAGAUGCACUGAGAUCAUGCUCCCACAGUUCAAUUCAGGAGCACGCUGAGAGAUUAGUAUCUUAUCUAGGAUCAUCUUGGACAGACAGCUGCAGUAACUCUUCUCUCAAGCUGUAGAACAGUCCAGAAUGGCCGCUACUCCAGUGCUCACCACAUAGAGCUCUAUGACCCAGAAACGGAGGCUCUUUUAGGCUCUUUUUCUAGAAACCCACUGGAGGAACUUACCCAACAACUGUUCCAGCUCUCCAGAGGGUUAAAAGUUCAAAUUCAGCUCCGAGAACGCUCUAGAACAGAACGCUUCGGUCCCAUCUCAUAGAAGACCAUCAGACAGCUUGGUACCAUUCUCAGUCGUCGGUACGGAGGUCGUUGCCUCUAAAGCAGUGGUUCCCAAACGUGUUUGCGCAGUGACCCACCUCAAGCCUUUCGCCAUUGAACCAGAAAAUAGCAUAACAACUGUUUCUAGCCUAAAACCCAAUGCCAAUGCCCUCUAGGAACAUGCUUACAACCCACAAUUAGGGAAACACUCUUCAUAGUCAGUUAACCAUGUAACUACAAGUGAGGACUAUUGUAACAAAAGCAUAAUGACUUUUGAGUGUGGAAAAUAAGACUUAUGGUCUUGGUAACAAGAUAGCAAGCACAUCAGCAUGCUACGUUUCUACACACGGUAACUGGAAUGUUAUGGAAGAAAGGAAAAUGGACACGCACAACGUGGAAUACAGGUAUCAAGCACAAAACGUACGAAAAAGGGAAAUCUGGGGAUUAUUUGUUUGGAGGACGAACCCCAUCACGUUUCAUGGUGAGGAGCUGAACUGACACCCGAGACUAUUAUUUAUGGACAUUUUAUGACAAGACUACUCAUAGUGAUAAGGUGAGGAACGUGCCUACCGUCUCUCUGAAAAGCACUUUGGACAUGGGAGCUAUCUCUGUGAACCAUAUGUUACAUUGGUUGUUGUUUGAGUAGUUUGGAAAUGGAGAAACGUGUUACGCCUUUUUUUUUUUCGUACGAGGUGCAGCAUCGAGAAAGUAUAAUAUGUUUAUCUGUUUAAUAUACAGGGCUUUUGUAAUGCACUUUCAAUUAAAGCAUUUGCUGCGUGUAGAUUUGUUACAUAUAGUCAUGUUGUGCAGAAUGGCCAUUCCACAAUCACAUACAACGCUGACAAUGAAUCCAUCCAUUUGUCUCUUUGAUAAGUCAACUCGCUGAAGUGAGUUGGAUGUCAGGAAGCCCAUUUCUUUUGACUCUCUGCCUACGUUCUUCGGAAUAGGCAGAUCAGAUCUCUGCUUAUUUUAAUUUUUUUUUUUGGGGGUGGGGACAAAACCUAUCUUCACCGUCAUUAAUGAUAACAAUUACUUACGAAGCGUGUUGUACCCAAACGCGCUGUACAUUUUCACUUUUUACGUGUAUGGGUCGAAGUUAUUCAAGUGUACUGUGUCUUACCCUUCCUUCAGAGUAUGAUUUUGUUGCUCCUUACCUUUCAGGGAUCUGUAAGAUCUUUUGUUGGGCAAAAGAGAGAGAGAGAGAGAGAGAGAGAGAGUACAAUGAGGGAUGACAUCGCUACAAUUUAUUGCCAAUAUGCCAUGGUUUAUGACCAGAUUAUUCCUUGCCAGAGGGUUCAUCGUUAAUAUUGUUACCAUGACAGUGGAUACACACUGCACAGGAUUACUCUGUCCUCGGAGCUACUAGUCCUGUCUGUGGAGUCAGCACCAUUCAAUUUUUCAUUUACCUAAAUGUAGUUUUUGUACAAAAGCAUAUCACGUUAAGGGAUAAAAACGUGGUAUAGUGGAACUAUUCUGACUGAGCUCUGCAACAAUAUUAGGCAUUCUUUACAUGGUAAAGUGGUCAACUAUUCUGACUGAGCUCUGCAACAAUAUCAGGCAUUCUUUACAUAAGCAGUAGAAUUGGCCACUUUACCAUGUUACGUUUGGGUUGCAGUCUACCAAAUCAGGAAAUCAGACCAAAUGUGGCUAUUCCUAUGCGAGACAUAGUCAGUGGCCAGUUUAGUAGGUACGCCCCGUUCACGAAAAUGGUUCGCUCCUACAGAGAGUGAGUCACGUGGCUGUGGCUUGCUAUAUCAAGCAGGCAGACGGGCAUUGAGGCAUUCAGUUACUGUUCGAUUGAACGUUAGAAUGGGCAAGACGAGUGACCUAAGCGACGUUGAGUGUGGCAUGAUCGUUGGUGCCAGGCACACCAGUUCCAGUACCUCGGAAAUUGCCGGCCUCCUGGGUUUUUCACGCACAACAGUGUCUAGCGUUUACUGAGAAUGGUGUGACAAACAAAAAAAACAUCCAGUCAGUGUCAGCCCUGUUGGGGAAAAUAGCUUGUUGAUGAGGAGCAUGACAAGAAUCGCGCAAGCUAACAGGGGGGCCACAAACAGACAAAUACCGGUGCAGUAGAACCGUGGUGUGCAGAACAGCAUCACGCCACGUACAACUUGUCACGGAUGGGCUAUUGCAGUAGAUUCCACCCCUAUCAGUCAAAAACUACAAGAAGCGGCUCCAGUGUGCAUGCGAUCACCAACACUGGACAACUGAGGGUGGAAAAACAUUGCCUGUUUCCGACGAAUCCCGAGUCGUCCAUGGUCCAUCCUGCCUGGUGUUAACGGUAUAUGCUGGUGGCGGUGGUGUGAUGGUGUGUGAAAUGUUUUCCUAGCGACGUUUGAACACCACACCUUGUAGAAUCCACGCUGUUCUGUUCUGGAGGCAAAGGGGGGGGGGUCUGACCCAGUACUAGAUGGGUGUACCUAAAAAACUGGCCAUUAUAUUUUCCCCAUAGCACAACUUUAGGACUUGUUGGGCUGCCAGGAGUUUUUCGACGUUACUGCAUGUAUGUUUAAACAGCCCUUGUCAAAAUGGAAGACAGCUGCUUUGACGGUUUGAUUCAAGGCAAGAACCAAUUUCCAAGUUUUGAAAACAUCAUUUUGUCAGGGCAUGUUGAAUGAUCUAAAGAGAAUUCGUCAGCGUUUGUUUGGGUUCAGAGACAGGAUUUUGACUUCCAUAAUUGCUUGUUCAUUGAUUAAACUUUUGUAUUCUACAAAGUUAGUUUCAUAUCCAUUUUGUUAUUUUCCAGUUACAGUAUGUGUAGAAAUUGGAAUGAAUUGACAAGUGAGUUUCUGCAUUUACUAUACAAAUAAAAAGUCAACUGU